UAUUAUGCGACUGCAGCACCACGCGCGCACACACCAAAUGUGGGGUCAGAAUGCCUACAACUCAAUGUCACAGAGUUUACAGGCAAACGGGCUACAAUGAAACGACUUUGAAACACAGCCUUCACAGCCGUUGAAUAUAUAAAGGAGGGCCACAGAAAGGCAGAGACCUCUUCAGGGUCCUUUGACAUCCCUUCCAGCAUUUGAUGGCCGUUUGCAGGUCCAACAUGUCCACCCACAUAUGUAGGCUGUUGGAGCUGGCAACGCGGGCCUCUUGCUGUGCGUCCAUCACAAGUCGAUCUUGUUUAAAAGGGACACUUUUGGUGGAUCCCAGAGUGCCCGGAGCUCCCAUGAUUCACAGAAGGCCCUACAGCCUUGAUUCCCUGUCCCCCGGGCCCGGUCGGCCAACCUUUGCUCCAAACUCGCAGCAGCCCCGUGCAGAGAGGACGUCCCCUUCCUCAGCACUCGCGCACAGGAACCUGUCUGCUUUGGCUCUAAAGGGCCAAUGUCGUCCUCUGUGCUUUUAUGAUUUCUUGGAUCUCGGUGAAGUUGAGGACAAUGUACGUCAAGCUCGCACAUGUAAGAAGUCCCGACGCUUCAUAGUGGACCCAGAGUUGGCUAAGUUGGUAGCACAGCACCUUGGACCUGACCUACACAGUGCCAAGACUGUUGUCUUUGAAUGUAACCCAGGCCCUGGGGUGUUGACUAAGACCCUCAUCAAUGCUGGAGCUCAAAGAGUUGUAGCUCUUGAGUCAGAGAAAACCUUCCUUAAUGAUCUGCAGGCAUUGGAAGGCCUUCUUGAUGGUCAGCUGGAAGUGAUUCACUGUGACUUCUUCAGACUAGACCCUGUCUGGGGUGGAAGCGACAAGCCACCGGUCAUGUUCACUGACAAACUCUUCACUGACCUGGGAAUAACAGAGGCCAACUGGAUGGAUGACUUUCCAUUGAAGGUUGUGGGCAUCGUUCCGCAGCGUAAUGAGCGUGCCACCCUGCUGAAGUUAGCUUAUGCCCUGUUUGAACGGCUGUCCGUUUACAGAUACGGAAGAAUAGAGCUCAACCUCUUUCUGAGUGAACGUGAAUACAUGACCAUGGUGGCACCUCCUGGUCAAAUGAGGCACUACAGAGCCCUCAGUGUCCUCUGGCAGAUGUCCUGUCAUAUUGAACUCCUUCACAAGGAACCCUGGGAUUCGUUUGUGGCAUCCAAACAGAGUGCACCUCCCCCUAAAGGCUUUCUUCCCAAUGAUCACAUGUGCCUGGUUCGUCUGCGUCCACGGGCCGACCUAUUCUCUGCCGGCCUCACACCCGCAAACGCCUCCACCCUGAUGGUUAUGGUCAAACAGUGUUUGGCAAAGAGGAAGGAGAAGCUUAUUAACAAGCUUAAUCUCUGGUCACCCGACAGUGGGAGUAAAUUGCUGUCUGAGAUGGGACUUCCCGAAGAUAUCCUCACAGGUCACGUUUAUCCUGGGCAAUAUCUUCAGCUGUUCCAGUUAAUGGACAAGAGCCGGGAGUUCACUCAGAGCUGGCUUUAUGAAGAGAUCAUGGAGAACAUUGAGAAAGAGGGGUGGGGCUGAAGUGUGUGUGUAAAUAGCCAACGAAAUGAUUAUGUGUUCAAUCAACUACGAAACUUGUGUAUAAUUUAUUUGCAAAUGUCAUUUAAAUACCGAUCAUAAUAUUAAACGGUCAAUAUCCAAAAUAUAUACAGAUGGUCUUAAAAGUACAACUGCUCAAUAAAUGUAAAUAGUGGA